UUUAACAUCCGUGCCACCGCUGACUCCUUCCAAGCCAUGUAUUUGUUCUCCUGCUGAGGUCCACAAGCAGACGGGAUGUCAGGGAGGUCGCCUUCCACCAGCAGCGCCUUACACCGGAGUGCGCACAACACCUCUGGAUCAGAGGCGGACGCCCUGUCUCAGGGUUCAGAUAUAAGUGACAGGAAGGUACGACGGAGAGAAAAGAAUAGGGUAGCAGCCCAGAGAAGUCGCAGGAAACAAACUCAGAAAGCAGACAAAUUGCACGAGGAAUAUGAAUGUCUUGAACAGGAGAAUGUAUCACUGAAAAAGGAGAUUGGGAAACUCACCGAUGAAUUAAAACAUUUGAGUCAAAUCCUGAAAGAUCAUGAACAAAUUUGCCCUUUCCUUCACUGCCCCGUGAACUAUGUGACCGUGCCCAGAAUAUCAGAAGCUGUUGCAACGUGCCUGCCACGAUGAUAUUUGGUUCCACGUCAGGCCAACGAUGCCACAUGAC